GUGUUGUAUUAGUAUUUAGACUGACGAUGAGGGCCUGUUUUAUUUUGUUUUGUUACUUUGACUUGUGGCUUCUGUUUUUCAUCAUAGUAGCAGUUCCUGACAAGAGUGAGAAUUUAGAUAUGAGCCAAGUUCUGUGAAAUUUCAGAAAGGCUAUGUACCCAGAAUUUUCCUCAACAUGCUCAGAAAGUUAGCUGUAUGAUGCAUAUUCGAAGCUGGCUGCUUUCUUUACUUGCCUUCUUUUUGUUUCCUUCUUAUUCCCUUGUGUACGUGGCUGCUUAAUUGUGAUUCUAUGAUGAACUUUGACUGCAUCAGUGCAUUGUAUAACUUGUAUAGUUAAAUUUAAUGUGUAGGCCUAUUGUAAAUGUCUCAACCAAUGUCUCAAUCUCAAAAUAUAUCUUCAGCGGCCUCUAAUGCCGCCACCGAUAAUUCAACAGCCCUUAAAAGAGCAUCAAAUGAUAUGGGAUGGGAGUAUGGAAUACUAGUGGAUCCUACGAAUUUUGGAUAAAAUACAAUGCAAAUUGUGUGGUAAGAUUAUGAGUUCAGGGAUUAGUAGGCUAAAAAAACACAUAGCUCAAAUUAAGGGGUCUGUUUCCUCUUGUCCUAAUGCAAGCAAGGAAGAUAUAGCCAAGUGUAAAGCGGCAGUUGAAGAGGGAAGUAAGAAGAAAAAAGACAAGCUUCAAGCGGCCUAGGAGAUUAGAAAGAAAGUGACUAUCAUAGAAGAAGAAGAUGGUGAUGAGGAAGUUGAUUUCAUAGGGACAAGAAAGAGGCCCUAUACUCUAGGUCCCAUGGAUAAAUAUGUAUCGGAUAUCAAUCCUGGGAAGAAGAUGACGUCGGGACAACAAACCAUAAGUGCUACACUUUUGAAGGCUAGAAGUGAGAAAGUGAAAAGUUUCUUGGCUCGAUGGGUGUAUGAAGCCGGUAUCCCAUUUCAUGCCAUUGACAAUAAUAGCUUCGCUCAAUUUUGUGAAGUGGUUGGUCAUUUUGGCGUGGUCUACCAACCUCCAAGCCAAUACAAAUUAAGGGAGCCAUUGUUGAAGGCGGAAGUGGAGAGAACCAAAAAAUGUCUCAAGAAGCAAGAGGAAGAGUGGGCUUCAACGGGUUGUUCUAUUAUUACUGAUGCUUGGAGCGAUCGAAAGAGGAGAAGCAUCAUGAAUUUGUGUGUCAAUUGCAAGGAAGGGACUACUUUUCUUUCUUCUAAGGAAACUUUGGAUGAGUCGCACACGGGGGAAUACAUCUUCAACUAUGUUGACAAGUGUAUUGAAGAGGUUGGGCCAAAAAAUGUAGUUCAAGUGGUGAUGGACAAUGCAUCAAAUAACAUGGCUGCGGCGGAGUUGUUGAAGGUCAAGAGGCCUAACAUCUUUUGGAGCUCAUGUGCCACGCACACCAUACACCUUAUGCUUGAAGGAAUUGGUAAGCUACCAAAAUUCAAAGGAGUUAUAGAUAAGGCAAAGGCCUUUACUAUAUUUAUUUAUGCUUACCAUACGACUUUGGCAUUGAUGAGAAAAGCUACCAAAAAGAGAGAUAUAGUGAGGCUGGGUGUGACUAGAUUUGCAACAUCUUUCUUGACUUUGAAAAGUUUGGCGGAGAAGAAAGAAGCCUUGAAGGUAAUGGUUACUAGCAAUGAAUGACCGGGGAAAGAGUAAAUGGGGUCCUAGUAGCACAAAAGGGAAAACACCAUAUGCUACCGUGCUUAGUAUAUCAUUUUGGAAUGGUGUAAGUCUAUGCUUGAAAGUGUUUGCUCUCCUAGUGAAAGUGCUUCGACUUGUUGAUGGGGACCGUCCCUCAAUGGGCUUUGUGUAUGGAGAACUACAAAAGGCGAAACAAGAGAUCAUAGAGGCAUGCAAAUCUAAAGAGGCCCAAUUCAAGUCGAUAUUAGAUAUCAUUGAUACAAAAUCUCAAGGUCGGCUAGAUAGUCCAUUACAUUUGACGGCUUAUUUGUUGAAUCCUUUUUUCUUCUAUAAGGAUCAAACCAUUCAAAAUGAUUCAAGCAUCAUGGAGGCAGUUGUUGAAUGUGUUGAAGGAUUCUAUCCAGAAGAUGUGGAUGCCCAAGAUUAUGUCGUCAAUAAAGAGUUGUUGAUGUACAAGAACAAAGUAGGUAUGUUUGGAAAAAAUGUGGCCCUUCGCAGAUGUGAAGCAAACAAUGACAAUUAUGAUCUGGGUAAAUUAUGGCAUUUUUUACGCUUCUUAGUUCUUCAUUUAAUUUACUAAUUACUAGUAAUGUUAGUAGUAAGUUAGCAACUUCGUGCAAAUA